UGUGAACAUCGAUGACCGCAUCCGUAAUAUCGACAUCGUUUAUUUGCUGUCGUUUGACAUUACGUUAGAUGCUGGAGAAAUGUAUAAAAGAUAAUGAUGCGUAUGAAGAUGCAUCAGUCGCCCAUCAGCCACCGAACCAAACUUACCAAAAUGAAAUCGAUCAUCUUAGUUGCCCUCGCGCUUGUGGCCAUCGCCGUGGCCGCCCCCUCUGACCCUGUGCCCCAGAUCUUACGUUCUGACUUCAAGCAGGAGGUCGAUGGUAACUACCAGUUCGGAUACGAAGUUGACAAUGGUAUCGUCCGUGAAGAGGUUGGUGAAGUGAAGGAAGCUCUGGAUGAGGAGAACAAGCCCCACAAGGUUGUUACUGUUCGUGGAUCCUACAGCUUCCCCGGAGAGGACGGCAAGCCCAUCUCCGUCAGUUACUACGCGGACGAGAGCGGAUUCCACGCGGAAGGAGACUCCAUUCCCAAGCCCGCCAGGAGAUAAGCUACAAAAUACAUCGCGCAGAUGAAUGAUCAAUUGAUUAACGAAGAGAUCAAUUAAUUGGUUGUUCAUCAGCUACCAUGUUAAGGACCUGAUAACGAUUAAGGAAUUUAUAUAAUGAUUACGAUGAGGCAAGAGUGUGGUGCGGAAGAUCGCCCGCGCUUGUCUUUCGUGGCCCGUUGGUACUUGUCACUCACUGCCAUAUUUUUGUACGUUUUUAUAUUAUUUGUUGUGAUGUAGCAAUUAAAUUUCA